AUGAAGCACGAGGAAACAUCAACCAUUACCUUCAUAAUUUACUUAAUAAUCUCCCCAUUAGUUAUUUCACCUUUCAUCAGCUCACUACUUACUCCCAAUAUUAACGAAGACACUGUAUAUGGCUAUGUUAAGCCAUCAUUUCAAAAGGUUCAUGACUCUUUCAGAAGGAACUUCGGUGAAGGUCUUGAACGAGAAGGUGCGGCUUUAUCAGUGUACCAUAGAGGAAAACUAGUUGUUAAUUUGUGGGGCGGAUAUGCCGAUAGGGAAUCUAACAGAAAAUGGAAAGCUAAUACACGAACUGUACUCUUCUCUGCUACAAAGGCUAUAUCAGCGUUAUGUGUAGCUGUUCUGGUCGAUAGAGGAUAUCUUUCCUAUGACGAUAAAGUCACAGAUUACUGGCCCGAAUACGGACGACAUGGUAAAGGCAACACUACUAUUGAGCAUGUUCUAAGUCAUAUGGCUGGACUACCUUAUUUGGAUGAACAAAUUGAGCCCGACGAUAUAAUCAAUUUUGAUAAAAUCACCAAGAAACUCGAAAAUUCAAAACCUGUUUGGGAGCCUGGAACUAAAACAGGCUAUCAUCCUGUAACUUUUGGUUUUCUUAUUGAUGCGAUAGUUCGCAGAGCUGAUCCACGAAAAAGAGAUCUAUCAUCAUUUUUUAAAGAAGAAAUUGCAAACAAACAUGAUUUAGCAAUUGAUAUUGGCAUAGAGAAACACGAGGCUCCAUAUAUUGCUCGAAUAACUACACCCGGUAUCUGGGAGUACAUCAGAGAUAGUAUCCGUGAUCCUAAAAUCGUCGUCAUGCUGGGAAUAAUAUAUGCUCGACUAGAUGAAAUAGUUGCUAAAAUUAGAGAUAACCCAUCAUGGAUCGCUAUUAACUAUGAUACCGUAACACUGAAUGAUCCCGAAGUGUUGUCGUUACCUAUGGGUGCUGUUACUGGAGUUUCGGGAGCUGAGUCUCUAGCUCGCCUAUUCGCGCUUUCGAUUGAUGGUCAGAUUCUUUCUAAUCGAACAUUAGAUCUUCUAAUGCAUCCAACAAUAAACAGUUGGCAUAAAGAGGAGGUUACUCUUUGGCCUGUCAUGAAAGGACGAGGCUUCUUCUAUGAACGAAAUCCACUCAUACCUGGAGCUUAUACCUUCGGGCAUCCAGGGUUUGGUGGCCAAUUCAUUCACGUAGACCCUCGUAAUGAGUUAGUUAUUUCAUAUGUAGCAAAUGGAUUAAAAACAGGAACUGGAGAGUUGUGUACACCAUAUAUGCGCUUGAUGCGUGAAGUUUACCGAACUAUUUCAAGUUUUUAA